AGGAGGGCUUCCGGGCCAGACCGGGCCUGCGGGUCCUGGGGCUGCGGCGAGCGGCCGCGAGGUCCGCCGGGGCCUACCGGACCGGGUGGAGCCGGGCGCCGGGAACGGCCGUCCGCACCCCGGAGGCCGACCCGCGCCAAGUUCCCGGUCUGCGCGUCCCCGGGCCGGGCUCCUUCCUCAGCGCCGGGCCGAUGCUUCCCACCCCCAGCUCCCCCCAGCGGCCUGGUGGCACCUGGGAGGUGUCCGACGUCGAUUCCGCAUACACUGAGCACCCACUAUGUGCCCAGCCCUCCCCGGGCAGCGCGCGAGGGCUGCUCCCAUUUGUCCAGCCAGGCUGGCGCUGUGCUCAGCCCGGUGUAGGCAUGAUUCUGUCCGCACUGCAAACCUGUGGGCUAGUUACUAUUAUAGUUAUUUUGUACAAAAGAAAAGCUGGGGGCCCAGCGAAGUUAACUUGCCGAGAAUCUCGGAGAGAAAGUGUGGGAAGACAGUACUCACAGUUCAAUGGCUGUGAUAAGGAAAGCAGACAGAUCUCUCCAUGGACAAUGGCAGCUACAAUUCAGGCCAUGGAAAGGAAGAUUGAAUCACAGGCUGCUCGACUGCUUUCUCUAGAAGGUCGAACUGGGAUGGCAGAGAAGAAGCUGGCUGACUGUGAGAAGACAGCUGUGGAGUUCAGCAACCAGCUGGAGGGCAAGUGGGCCGUGCUGGGGACCCUGCUGCAGGAGUAUGGGCUGCUGCAGCGGCGGCUGGAGAAUGUGGAGAACCUGCUGCGCAACAGGAACUUCUGGAUUCUGCGGCUUCCCCCUGGCAGCAAGGGCGAGGUCCCCAAGGAGUGGGGCAAGCUGGAGGACUGGCAGAAGGAGCUCUACAAGCACGUGAUGAGGGGCAACUACGAGACACUGGUCUCCCUGGACUAUGCCAUCUCCAAACCCGAGGUCCUCUCCCAGAUUGAACAAGGCAAGGAGCCAUGUACUUGGCGUCGCGCCGGCCCCAAGGUCCCGGAGGUUCCUGUGGACCCAAGUCCAGGCUCUGGAGCCCCAGUUCCUGCCCCUGACCUCCUGAUGCAGAUCAAGCAGGAGGGGGAGCUCCAGCUGCAGGAGCAGCAGGGUCUGGGUGUGGAAGCCUGGGCAGCUGGACAGCCAGAUAUUGGGGAGGAGCCCUGGGGCCUCAGCCAGUUGGACUCUGGGGCAGGAGACAUCUCCACAGAUGCUACCUCUGGUGUCCAUUCCAACUUUUCAACCACCAUCCCACCCACUUCCUGGCAAGCAGAUCUCCCUCCCCACCACCCCUCUUCAGCAUGCUCAGAUGGGACACUGAAGCUCAACACAGCAGCAUCCACAGAAGCAGACGUAAAAAUUGUUAUCAAAACAGAAGUCCAGGAAGAGGAAGUGGUAGCCACACCUGUGCAUCCCACCGACCUGGAGGCUCAUGGGACUUUGUUUGCACCGGGCCAAGCCGCAAGAUUCUUUCCCAGCCCUGUCCAGGAAGGAGCCUGGGAGAGCCAAGGCAGUUCCUUCCCCAGCCAGGACCCGGUGCUGGGGCUGCGGGAGCCCACUCGGCCAGAGAGGGACAUUGGUGAGCUGAGUCCUGCCUUAGCACAGGAGGAGGCCCCUGCCGGGGAUUGGCUCUUCGGUGGCGUCAGGUGGGGCUGGAAUUUCCGGUGUAAACCUCCUGUGGGCCUGAACCCAAGGACGGUAACCGAGGGACUCCCUUUCUCCUCUCCUGACAAUGGAGAUGCCAUCUUGGACCCCAGCCAGGCCCCAAGACCCUUCAAUGAUCCCUGCAAAUACCCGGGCCGGACAAAAGGCUUUGGUCAUAAGCCAGGGCAGAAGAAGCACCCAGCCGCACCCCCUGGAGGCCGGCCCUUCACCUGUGCCACAUGCGGAAAGAGCUUCCAGCUGCAGGUGAGCCUGAGCGCGCACCAGCGCAGCUGUGGACUGCCCGACGGGGCAGGCACAGGGGCAGCUUCCACCACUACUGGCGGUGGUGGCAGCGGAGGUGGCAGCGGAGGUGGGGGUAGCGCACGGGACAGCAGCGCCCUGCGAUGCGGGGAGUGUGGCCGCUGUUUCACACGCCCCGCACACCUCAUCCGCCACCGCAUGCUACACACUGGCGAGCGGCCCUUCCCCUGCACCGAGUGUGAGAAGCGCUUCACAGAGCGCUCCAAGCUCAUCGACCAUUACCGAACGCACACGGGCGUGCGGCCCUUCACCUGCACAGUGUGUGGCAAGAGCUUCAUCCGCAAGGACCACCUCCGCAAGCACCAGCGCAACCACCCGGCGAUGGCCAAGGCGCCCACUCAUGGGCAGCCGCUCCCACCACUGCCGGCUCCUCCCGACCCCUUCAAGAGCCCGGCAGCCAAAGGACCCCUGGCUUCCACAGACCUUGUGACUGACUGGACUUGUGGCCUAAGUGUCCUGGGACCCACUGAUGGUGGUGGGGAUCUGUGACAUCCUCCAACCCUCCCGUGGCCCCUGCAGGCCACAAAUGUACAAAGUCCCAUGUGCAGACAGCAAGGUGGCCUGAAAGCUCAGAAGCAAAAAGGGAGACUUGGCAGAGAACCAAAUUUCCACGUUGCUGAACUGGUCACUGGAAAGAAACUUCUCAGUGCAGCCUCCACCUUAAAGAGAGUAGGAUUCCGACUGUGAGACUGAACACCUUAGUAGAUCUUAAGUAAUUUAAUUACAAACCCAUUUUUUGUUUGGUUUUUUCUCUUUAAUUCGUGAGGAAAAAAGAUGGAAACCAGUAGCAACACCAGUUGAAGUUCUGAGGUGUACUGUGGCUUUCAAGGUUGUGUGUCCACCUUGUCUUACCAGGGUUGGAAAGGUGGUCAGUGGGAAGAACAGGCAAGGGCUCUCCCGGCCUUGGACCACACAGUCCUAUGGCAGGUGAGUUCCCGUUCUAUUCAGGCAGCUAGUCUGGCCCUUAGGUCCUGGGUGAUGAGGGCACUAGGGGCCUAGACAGACAGCUUCCACUUAGCAGCAGGGACUACCCUAGAAGCAGCCCUUACCUUCUCAAAAGACCCCUAAAGCCAGGCCUGACUUUCCCUGUCCUAGCCAUCUGUGGUACCUGUCCAAGGUGGUACUGUCCAA